GGCUUGUAAGAAAAAAUGGCAGAUCAAAGUUUUCCAAUCUUCGAAAUCGACAAUCUUAGGGACAUAAUAUCAGCUGUUUCGUACAUAUUCCUGGUUGUGCCCGCGCUGGCCGGUGCAGGACGUGGUCUAAAAGAUUCGGCGCCUGGUAUUUCGAGCGCUGCCGAAAUAAAAAUAGAAUUUACAUCGGUAAUGGCAGCCCUAUGCUUCCUGACCACGCCCGUCAUAUACAUGCUCAUCAUCUUCUUCGUCUUUAAGAACAAGGAAAUAGCAACGUUCAAGGAUGCGCUCGUCAAGCUUUCGUGCUGCGUGAUAACCGGGUGGGGGUGCUACUUUACGGCGUACACGAUUGGAUCUAUGGCUAAGCACGUUCUUGUUACCAAGGUGAAAGAGAAAAAGUUCUCAGGGCAGUUUUAUCUCGUGUUUGUGUUCGUUGAGUUCGUUGGGCUGUUUGCUCUGAUCGUGUCGCUCAUAUUCUUGGGUGAGAUUAAGGAAGGUGGUGGGAAGUAGGAUGGUUGGUUGCUUGACCAAUGCGAUGACGUGACAAUUAAAAUUUUUGCAC